AUGGCGGCGCCCGCAGUGGCUGCAGCAGCAGCAGAAGUCCUGUGCGGAGGCUCCAUGCGGUCUCUGUCCGUCCUCUCUGCCCGACACUCCCGCUGCAUGACCCCCCUGCAGAGCAGGACGUAUGUCGCCUCUACUCCCAGGAACGACGCUAAGUUCCGCCUGGAUGAGAAGACGGCUCACAGCAGUCUUGACCUGUUCAAGAAAGACACCGCUGUGAUCUACCGCAUCCUGGGACUGGACCCGGCUCAGGUGCGACAUAACCCCGAGCGCUUCCGGGACUGGGCUGUGGUCUUUGGUGACGAGAAGAUCAGCAGCGGGAGGCAUUACUGGGAGGUCACUGUCAAGAAGUCCCAGGAGUUUCGCGUCGGCGUAGCGGAGGCGCUAAUGUCCCGGGACGAAUGCGUGGGCACCAACCACUCCUCCUGGGUCUUUGGCUACGCGCAGAGGAAGUGGUUUGCCAUGAUGAACAAUAAGACUGUGCCUGUGACGCUGGUGGGGAAGCCGGAGCGCGUGGGCAUCCUGCUGGAUUAUGAAGGGGGGGUGCUGGCGCUGGUGGAUGUGGAGACCGGCAGUGUCAUUUACAGCAUCAAAGUGAAGUUUCAGGGAGAGUUGUGCCCCGCGUUCGGACUGUGGGACGGGGAGCUCCUCACGCACAGCGGCCUGGAGGAGCCGGCCGGUCUGAAGUGCCGUGACCUCUGA